GAUCUCUCGGAAGAGGAACCUAAGGAUCAAGGUGGUAUUCGAAAGAAGAUUUUGUUGGAUUGGGAGGAAAAAGCGUUAAAUCAUGCAACAAAGCUUGUGGAAGUAUUAUCAGGUUUUUUAGAACCUUAUAAAGACUUUGAAGAUUCAAAAUCUUGUGAGCAAAUAUUUAAUGUAGAGAUUGCGAUUUUUCUUAAUACUUUUCUUGAAGAUAUUGAGACCACUGAUGAGAAUGAAAGUAAUAAACUUGUGGCAUAUCAAGUUAUAGAGCUUAUUUCCAAAGCAGAUGGAUACACAUAUAUUUACCAUACUCGUGACAAGUUAAAAGAGAGUGAAUCUUUUGUUUUUUAUUGCAAUUGUAAAAUUGAAAGAAAAAACAAAAGGGCACACAUUGAAAAUAUUGAUAAACAACGAGAUACUGAACUUCGACUUUUACGAUUUGAAUGUGAAGGUUCUAUUCUUAUUACAAUUAAGCGAUCUCAUGAGUUGAUUUAUGUUCGUGUUCAUCACUUACUACAUCCAAAGCCCCAAUCUAUUACUAUUUCUUCUGAAAUCAAAACUUAUAUUCAAAAUAACAAGAUCCUUACAGUUCCCCAAUUGUAUCAUAAUAUAAAGGCUACUCGUCUCAAUGGAUACCUUUAUCUUACUCAACAUCAGGUCUAUUAUUGGUGUAAGCGAUUAGGUCUCAAUGAAUACAAAAUUGUCAAAGAUCAAGCUGAAUCAACCAUUCAAUAUCUUUUACAACAUUCAACAUUUAAAGUAAUUAUUAAAGAACCUACAAUUAUCGCAUUUACGACGCCUUUAUUUGAUCUUUUGGCAAAAAUCAAUAUUACUACAAUUGUAAUUGACGCCACAUAUAAAACAAAUCGUUUAAAGUAUGAAUUAUAUGCAAUACUUGGAAUAAUUGAUGGGGCUGGGUUCCCGUUAACUUACAUGUUUUUAAAACCUGGUCAAAAUGAAAAACGAACAAUGAUUCUUCAAAAUUGGUUUCAUAUAAUUAAAGAAAUGGGCAUUCAUAAUAUUGAGACUUUUUUAACCGACAAGGAUUUUUCCCAGAUAACCCCGCUCAAAAAAUUUGGCCCCAAGCACGCUGAAUAUAUAUUAGAUGGAAAGACUUUAGUUAAUGAUAAUUAUGACGAAAAAAAAUCAAGUAGUUCAAAUACUUCUCUUGAUAAAGAAACUUUCAACAACUUAAAUGCUGACGGAGAAACCUCAAGUAGUUCGCAUAUUCCUGAUGAAGAAAUUUUAAGUAACUCGAAUACUCUUGACGAGGAAAUUUCCAGUUGUUCAAAUCUUCUAAAUGAAGCUCUUAAUAAUGAAAUUUCAGAAACUUCUGAUAAUAUAGAGUCGUCUUUUCAAGAAUAUAAAGUUUCAGACAAUAAAGAGACCAUAAAUCAGAAGAAAAUGGAAUUUUACUUGUUAAUGGAGC